AUUGCCGAAGCCCCUCUUUUUUCCCUUCCUCUCCUUUCCCUGCUCUCCCUUUUCCUUUCACCCGGGUUCCCUCGGCCGUGAUUUCCCCCCUCCCCCUCCUUCCUUCCCCAUUUGAAAUCAAGAUGGAGGCUCGCGGCUGCCCCCCGCGUCCGUGAUCGCGGAGCUCCCGCCGGCCCCGGGCCCCAGCCCUCGCCACUGCGUGUCUCGCGCGGCGCGCGCCGCUGCCCGCGCUCCGGCCGGCGCGGCCGAGGCCGUGGCUCCGCGCCCCCGCCCCGCGGCCAGCUCGCGGCUCCCGGGCGGCGUCCUCGUCUAUGUGGGCGCGCUCCGCGGGCCGAGCCGCCGCCGCCCGCCGCCGCCCCGGGGCUCUGCGUCCGCGCGCCGGGUGCGGGCAGCAGGGCGCUCAGCUCCGCCAGGCCCGGCGCGGAGCGGGCGGCGCGCAGCGCUAGGGGCGCGGGGCCCGAGCCGGGCGCGGCCGCCGCCGCAGCCAUGAGCGGCAGCAGCGGCGGCGCCGCCGCCCCCGCCGCGUCCUCCAGCCCCGCCGCCUCAGCCAGCGCGGCGGGCUCGGGCUGCGGGGGCGGCGCCGGCGAGGGGGCCGAGGAGGCGGCCAAGGACCUGGCCGACAUCGCGGCCUUCUUCCGAUCCGGGUUUCGAAAAAACGAUGAAAUGAAAGCUAUGGAUGUUUUGCCAAUUUUAAAGGAAAAAGUUGCAUACCUUUCAGGUGGCAGAGAUAAACGUGGGGGUCCCAUUUUAACCUUUCCAGCCCGCAGCAAUCAUGACAGAAUACGGCAGGAGGAUCUCAGGAGACUCAUUUCCUACCUGGCCUGUAUCCCUAGUGAAGAAGUCUGCAAGCGAGGCUUCACGGUGAUUGUGGACAUGCGUGGGUCCAAGUGGGACUCCAUCAAGCCCCUGCUGAAGAUCCUGCAGGAGUCCUUUCCCUGCUGCAUCCACGUGGCACUGAUCAUCAAGCCAGACAACUUUUGGCAGAAACAGAGGACCAACUUUGGCAGUUCUAAAUUUGAAUUUGAGACAAAUAUGGUCUCUUUAGAAGGCCUUACCAAAGUAGUUGAUCCUUCUCAGCUAACUCCCGAGUUUGAUGGCUGCUUGGAAUACAACCAUGAGGAAUGGAUUGAAAUCAGAGUUGCUUUUGAAGAUUACAUUAGCAAUGCAACCCACAUGCUGUCCCGGCUGGAGGAACUUCAGGACAUCCUAGCCAAGAAGGAGUUGCCUCAGGAUUUAGACGGGGCUCGGAAUAUGAUCGAGGAACAUUCCCAGCUGAAGAAGAAGGUGAUUAAGGCCCCCAUAGAAGACUUGGAUUUAGAGGGACAGAAGCUGCUCCAGAGGAUUCAGAGCAGUGACAGCUUCCCCAAAAAGAACUCAGGGUCAGGCAACGCAGACCUGCAGAGCCUCUUACCCAAGGUGUCUGCCAUGUUGGACAGGCUGCACUCGACGCGGCAGCAUCUGCACCAGAUGUGGCAUGUGAGGAAACUGAAGCUGGACCAGUGCUUUCAGCUGAGGCUGUUUGAACAGGAUGCUGAGAAGAUGUUUGACUGGAUCACACACAACAAGGGCCUGUUUCUGAACAGCUACACAGAGAUUGGGACCAGCCACCCUCAUGCAAUGGAGCUUCAGACACAGCACAACCACUUUGCUAUGAACUGUAUGAACGUGUAUGUCAACAUAAACCGGAUCAUGUCGGUGGCCAAUCGCUUGGUGGAGUCUGGCCACUACGCCUCGCAGCAGAUUAAGCAGAUCGCGAAUCAGCUGGAGCAGGAGUGGAAGGCAUUUGCCGCUGCACUGGAUGAGCGCAGCACCUUGCUGGACAUGUCCUCCGUUUUCCACCAGAAGGCGGAAAAGUACAUGAGCAACGUGGACUCCUGGUGCAAAGCCUGUGGGGAGGUGGACCUGCCAUCGGAGCUGCAGGAUCUGGAAGAUGCCAUUCAUCACCACCAGGGAAUAUAUGAGCACAUCACCCUGGCUUAUUCCGAGGUGAGCCAGGACGGGAAGUCGCUCCUGGACAAGCUGCAGCGGCCCUUGACCCCCGGCAGCUCCGACUCCCUGACAGCCUCUGCCAACUACUCCAAGGCCGUGCACCACGUCCUCGAUGUCAUCCACGAGGUGCUGCACCACCAGCGGCAGCUGGAGAACAUCUGGCAGCACCGCAAGGUGCGGCUCCACCAGAGGCUGCAGCUGUGUGUGUUCCAGCAGGAUGUCCAGCAGGUGCUGGACUGGAUUGAGAACCACGGGGAAGCAUUUCUGAGCAAACACACAGGUGUGGGGAAAUCCCUUCAUCGGGCCAGAGCUUUGCAGAAACGUCACGAGGAUUUUGAAGAAGUAGCACAGAACACAUAUACCAAUGCGGACAAGUUGCUAGAAGCUGCAGAGCAGCUGGCUCAGACUGGGGAAUGUGACCCAGAAGAGAUUUAUCAGGCUGCCCACCAGCUCGAAGACCGGAUACAAGACUUUGUUCGGCGGGUCGAGCAACGGAAGAUCCUCCUGGACAUGUCUGUGUCCUUUCACACCCACGUAAAAGAGCUGUGGACAUGGCUGGAGGAGCUGCAGAAGGAGCUGCUGGACGACGUGUACGCCGAGUCCGUGGAGGCUGUGCAAGACCUCAUCAAGCGCUUCGGCCAGCAGCAGCAGACGACCCUGCAAGUGACUGUCAACGUGAUCAAGGAAGGGGAGGACCUCAUCCAGCAGCUGAGGGACUCCGCCAUCUCCAGCAACAAGACCCCACACAACAGCUCCAUCAGCCACAUCGAGACGGUGCUGCAGCAGCUGGACGAGGCCCAGGCCCAGAUGGAGGAGCUCUUCCAGGAGCGCAAGAUCAAGCUCGAGCUCUUCCUGCAGCUGCGCAUCUUCGAGAGGGAUGCCAUUGACAUCAUCUCAGACCUCGAGUCCUGGAACGAUGAGCUUUCUCAGCAGAUGAAUGACUUUGACACGGAAGAUCUCACCAUAGCGGAACAGCGCCUCCAGCACCACGCAGACAAAGCUUUGACCAUGAACAACUUGACCUUUGAUGUCAUCCACCAAGGGCAGGACCUCUUGCAGUAUGUCAAUGAAGUGCAGGCCUCUGGGGUGGAGCUGCUUUGUGAUAGAGAUGUAGACAUGGCCACUCGGGUUCAGGACCUGUUGGAGUUUCUUCACGAAAAGCAGCAAGAGCUGGACUUAGCGGCGGAGCAGCAUCGCAAGCACCUGGAGCAGUGUGUGCAGCUUCGCCACCUGCAGGCGGAAGUGAAACAGGUGCUGGGCUGGAUCCGCAACGGAGAGUCGAUGUUGAACGCAGGACUCAUCACGGCCAGCUCGCUACAGGAAGCCGAGCAGCUGCAGAGGGAGCACGAGCAAUUCCAGCACGCCAUAGAGAAAACGCACCAGAGCGCACUGCAGGUGCAGCAGAAGGCCGAAGCCAUGCUGCAGGCCAACCACUACGACAUGGACAUGAUCAGGGACUGCGCCGAGAAGGUCGCCUCUCACUGGCAGCAGCUCAUGCUCAAGAUGGAAGACCGCCUCAAGCUGGUGAACGCCUCCGUCGCCUUCUACAAAACUUCUGAGCAGGUCUGCAGUGUCCUCGAGAGCCUGGAGCAGGAGUACAAGAGAGAGGAGGACUGGUGUGGAGGGGCCGACAAACUGGGCCCCAAUUCCGAGACGGAUCACGUCACUCCCAUGAUCAGCAAGCACCUGGAACAAAAGGAAGCAUUCCUGAAGGCGUGCACACUUGCGAGGAGGAAUGCAGACGUCUUCCUGAAGUACCUGCACAGGAACAGUGUGAACAUGCCGGGGAUGGUCACUCACGUCAAAGCCCCCGAACAGCAAGUAAAAAAUAUCUUGAACGAGCUCUUCCAGCGGGAGAACCGGGUGCUGCACUACUGGACCCUGCGCAAGAGGCGGCUGGACCAGUGCCAGCAGUACGUGGUCUUCGAGCGCAGCGCCAAGCAGGCCCUGGAGUGGAUCCACGACAACGGGGAGUUCUACCUGUCCACACACACCUCCACGGGCUCCAGCAUACAGCACACCCAGGAGCUGCUGAAGGAGCACGAGGAGUUCCAGAUCACGGCGAAGCAAACCAAAGAGAGGGUGAAGCUAUUGAUACAGCUAGCUGAUGGCUUUUGUGAAAAAGGGCAUGCCCAUGCGGCAGAAAUAAAAAAAUGUGUCACUGCCGUGGAUAAGAGGUACAGAGAUUUCUCUCUGCGGAUGGAAAAGUACAGGACCUCUUUGGAGAAAGCCCUGGGGAUUUCUUCGGAUUCCAACAAAUCGAGUAAAAGUCUUCAGCUAGAUAUCAUUCCAGCCAGUAUCCCUGGGUCAGAGGUGAAAUUGCGCGAUGCUGCUCAUGAGCUUAAUGAAGAAAAACGGAAAUCUGCCCGCAGGAAAGAGUUCAUAAUGGCUGAGUUAAUUCAAACGGAAAAGGCUUACGUAAGAGACCUCCGGGAGUGUAUGGAUACCUACCUGUGGGAGAUGACCAGCGGCGUGGAGGAGAUCCCCCCAGGCAUCGUGAACAAAGAGCUCAUCAUCUUCGGGAACAUGCAGGAAAUCUAUGAGUUCCACAACAACAUAUUCCUGAAAGAGCUGGAAAAAUACGAGCAGUUGCCGGAGGACGUCGGGCACUGCUUUGUUACUUGGGCAGACAAGUUUCAAAUGUAUGUCACUUACUGCAAAAACAAGCCUGAUUCCACUCAGCUGAUACUGGAGCAGGCAGGAUCCUACUUCGAUGAGAUACAGCAGCGGCACGGGCUAGCCAAUUCCAUCUCUUCCUACCUUAUUAAACCAGUUCAGCGGAUAACGAAGUACCAGCUCCUUUUGAAAGAGCUGCUCACGUGCUGUGAGGAAGGAAAGGGGGAGAUUAAAGACGGCCUGGAGGUGAUGCUCAGCGUGCCCAAGCGGGCCAACGACGCCAUGCACCUCAGCAUGCUGGAAGGGUUUGAUGAAAACAUUGAGUCUCAGGGAGAACUCAUCCUGCAGGAAUCCUUCCAGGUGUGGGACCCAAAAACCUUAAUUCGAAAGGGUCGAGAGCGGCACCUCUUCCUUUUUGAAAUGUCCUUGGUGUUUAGUAAAGAAGUGAAGGAUUCCAGUGGCAGAAGCAAGUACCUUUAUAAAAGCAAAUUGUUUACCUCAGAGUUGGGAGUCACAGAACAUGUGGAAGGAGAUCCUUGCAAAUUUGCACUGUGGGUGGGGAGGACGCCAACGUCAGACAAUAAGAUUGUCCUUAAGGCCUCCAGCAUAGAAAACAAGCAGGACUGGAUCAAGCACAUCCGGGAAGUCAUACAGGAGCGGACCAUCCACCUGAAAGGCGCCCUGAAGGAGCCCAUUCACAUCCCCAAAACAGCCCCGGCCACAAGACAGAAGGGCAGGAGGGAUGGAGAGGACCUGGACAGCCAAGGUGAUGGCAGCAGCCAGCCCGAUACAAUUUCAAUCGCCUCCCGGACGUCUCAGAACACACUGGACAGUGAUAAGCUCUCCGGCGGCUGCGAGCUGACAGUGGUGAUCCACGACUUCACUGCCUGCAACAGCACUGAGCUGACCAUCCGCCGCGGCCAGACCGUGGAGGUGUUGGAGCGGCCCCACGACAAGCCCGACUGGUGUCUGGUGCGCACCACCGACCGGUCGCCCGCGGCAGAAGGCCUGGUUCCCUGCGGCUCCCUGUGCAUCGCCCACUCGAGAAGCAGCAUGGAAAUGGAGGGCAUCUUCAACCAUAAAGACUCGCUGUCCGUCUCCAGUAACGAUGCCAGCCCGCCUGCCUCUGUGGCCUCCCUUCAACCCCACAUGAUGGGGGCCCAGAGCUCCCCAGGCCCCAAGCGCCCAGGCAACACUCUGCGCAAGUGGCUGACGAGCCCGGUGCGGCGGCUGAGCAGCGGCAAGGCCGAUGGGCAUGUGAAGAAGCUGGCGCACAAGCACAAGAAGAGCAGGGAGGUCCGCAAGAGCGCCGACGCCGGCUCGCAGAAGGACUCGGACGACAGCGCGGCCACCCCACAGGACGAGACCGUCGAGGAGAGGGGCCGCAACGAGGGCCUGAGCAGCGGCACGCUCUCCAAGUCCUCGUCCUCGGGCAUGCAGAGCUGCGGAGAAGAAGAAGGGGAGGAGGGGGCCGACGCCGUGCCUCUGCCCCCGCCCAUGGCCAUCCAGCAGCACAGCCUGCUCCAGCCAGACUCCCAGGACGACAAGGCUUCUUCUCGGCUCUUAGUCCGCCCCACCAGCUCCGAAACGCCAAGUGCAGCCGAGCUUGUCAGUGCAAUUGAGGAACUCGUGAAAAGCAAGAUGGCCCUGGAGGACCGUCCCAGCUCCCUGCUAGUCGACCAGGGAGACAGCAGCAGCCCCUCCUUCAACCCUUCAGACAAUUCCCUUCUCUCCUCCUCCUCGCCGAUUGAUGAGAUGGAAGAGAGGAAGUCCAGCUCCCUAAAGAGACGGCACUACGUUCUGCAAGAAUUAGUGGAGACAGAGCGUGACUACGUGCGGGACCUCGGCUACGUGGUUGAGGGCUACAUGGCACUUAUGAAAGAAGAUGGCGUUCCCGAUGACAUGAAAGGAAAAGACAAGAUCGUGUUCGGCAACAUCCACCAGAUCUAUGACUGGCACCGAGACUUUUUUUUAGGAGAGUUGGAGAAGUGCCUUGAAGACCCAGAAAAGCUAGGAUCCCUUUUUGUGAAGCAUGAGAGAAGGUUGCACAUGUACAUAGUUUAUUGUCAAAAUAAACCAAAGUCUGAGCACAUCGUCUCAGAAUACAUCGAUACCUUUUUUGAGGACUUAAAGCAGCGCCUGGGCCAUAGGUUGCAACUCACAGAUUUGUUGAUCAAACCGGUGCAGAGAAUUAUGAAAUACCAGCUGUUACUGAAGGACUUCCUCAAGUAUUCCAAAAAAGCUAGCCUGGAUACGUCGGAACUAGAGAGAGCUGUGGAGGUCAUGUGCAUAGUGCCAAAGCGGUGCAACGACAUGAUGAACGUCGGGCGGCUGCAAGGAUUUGACGGUAAAAUUGUUGCCCAGGGCAAGCUGCUCUUACAGGAUACAUUCUUGGUCACAGACCAGGAUGCAGGGCUCCUGCCUCGCUGCAGAGAGCGGCGGGUCUUCCUCUUUGAGCAGAUCGUCAUCUUCAGUGAGCCACUGGAUAAAAAGAAGGGCUUCUCCGUGCCAGGAUUCCUGUUCAAGAACAGCAUCAAGGUGAGUUGCCUCUGCCUAGAGGAAAACGUGGAAAACGAUCCCUGUAAAUUCGCCCUGACGUCAAGGACAGGUGACGUGGUGGAGACCUUCAUUUUGCAUUCGUCCAGUCCAAGUGUCCGGCAGACAUGGAUCCAUGAAAUCAACCAGAUUUUAGAAAACCAGCGCAAUUUUUUAAAUGCCUUGACAUCACCAAUCGAGUAUCAGAGGAACCACAGUGGGGGCAGUGCAGGUGGGGGCAGUGGAGGUGCGACCCCCGGUGGCGGCAGCAGUGGUGGCAACCACAGCAGUGGCCCCAGCAGCUGCAGUGGCCUCCCCAGCUCCAGCAGAAGCAGACCCUCCCGGAUCCCCCAGCCUGUCCGACACCACUCCCCCGUGCUGGUCUCCUCUGCAGCCUCAAGCCAGGCAGAGGCAGACAAGAUGUCAGGUACGUCCACUCCCGGCCCUUCACUGCCUCCUCCCAGCAGCAGCCUCACUCUGGAGGCUGGCCCCGGCCAGCCGGGCAGGCAUGCCCCCGGCGGCCAGUCUGAGGGUCCUGAGAGAGAAGCGGAGCAGAUCCCCAAGAUGAAGGUGAUUGACAGCCCCAGGAAGUCUGCGGGGAACACGGCAGGUGCCAGCCAGGACGGAAAUGCCAAGGAAGACAGCCGCUCACGAAGCGGCCUGGGCUCCCUGCCCCUGGGAAAGCCCAGGCCCGGGGCUAUCUCGCCGCUGAACUCUCCUCUCUCCACCACAUUCCCUUCUCCACUGGGCAAGGAGCCCUUUGCCCCCAGCAGCCCCCUGCAGAAGGGGGGCUCCUUCUGGAGCUCCAUUCCGGCCUCCCCUGCCAGCCGGCCAGGCUCCUUCACCUUCCCGGGAGACAGUGACUCCCUCCAGCGGCAGGCGCACCGCCACGCAGCCCCCAGCAAGGACACGGACCGCAUGAGCACGUGCUCCUCGGCCAGCGAGCAGUCCGUGCAGUCUGCCCAGAGCAAUGGGAGUGAAAGUAGCAGCAGUAGCAACAUCUCCACCAUGUUGGUGACACACGAUUACACGGCAGUGAAGGAGGAUGAGAUCAACGUCUACCAAGGAGAGGUCGUUCAGAUCCUGGCCAGCAAUCAGCAGAGCAUGUUUCUGGUGUUCCGAGCCGCCACCGACCAGUGCCCCGCAGCCGAGGGCUGGAUUCCGGGCUUCGUCCUGGGGCACACCAGCACAGUCAUCGUGGAGAACCCCGACGGGACCCUCAAGAAGUCAACAUCUUGGCACACAGCACUCCGUUUAAGGAAAAAAUCUGAGAAAAAAGAUAAAGACGGCAAACGGGAAGGCAAGUUAGAGAACGGUUAUAGGAAAUCUCGGGAAGGCCUCAGCAACAAGGUAUCUGCGAAGCUUCUUAAUCCCAACUAUAUGUAUGACGUUCCCCCAGAAUUCGUCAUUCCCUUGAGUGAGGUCACAUGCGAGACAGGGGAGACCGUUGUUCUUAGAUGUCGAGUUUGUGGACGCCCGAGGGCCUCGGUCACCUGGAAAGGCCCUGAACACAACACCCUGAGCAACGAUGGCCACUACAGCGUUUCCUACAGUGACUUGGGAGAGGCCGCUCUGAAGAUCGUCGGCGUGACCACAGAAGACGACGGCAUCUACACGUGCAUCGCUGUGAAUGACAUGGGUUCAGCCUCGUGCUCGGCCAGUCUGAGGGUUCUAGGUCCAGGGAGUGACGGGAUCAUGGUGACCUGGAAAGACAACUUCGAUUCCUUCUACAGCGAAGUGGCUGAGCUCGGCAGGGGCAGGUUCUCUGUUGUUAAGAAAUGUGACCAGAAGGGAACCAAACGAGCGGUGGCCACUAAGUUUGUGAACAAGAAGUUGAUGAAGCGUGACCAGGUCACCCACGAGCUUGGAGUCCUGCAGAACAUCCAGCACCCACUCCUGGUCAGCCUCCUGGACACCUUCGAGACCCCCACCAGCUACAUCCUGGUUUUGGAAAUGGCUGACCAGGGGCGUCUCCUCGACUGUGUGGUGCGAUGGGGAAACCUCACCGAAGGGAAAAUCAGAGCGUAUAUGGGGGAGGUUCUGGAAGCCAUCCGAUACCUUCACAACUGCAGGAUAGCACACCUGGACCUGAAGCCCGAAAACAUCCUGGUGGACCAGAGUUCAGCCAAGCCCACAAUUAAACUGGCCGACUUCGGAGAUGCUGUCCAACUCAACACGACCUACUACAUCCACCAGCUCCUGGGGAACCCUGAAUUUGCAGCCCCCGAAAUCAUCCUGGGGAACCCGGUCUCCCUGACCUCGGACACGUGGAGUGUUGGAGUGCUCACAUAUGUGCUUCUCAGCGGCGUGUCCCCCUUCCUGGACGACAGCGUGGAAGAGACCUGCGUGAACAUUUGCCGACUGGACUUUAGCUUCCCAGAUGACUACUUUAAAGGAGUGAGCCAGAAGGCCAAGGAUUUCGUGUGUUUCCUCCUGCAAGAGGACCCCGCCAAGCGUCCCUCGGCUGCGCUGGCCCUCCAGGAGCAGUGGCUGCAGGCGGGCCACGGCGACGGCAAAGGCGCAGGCGUCCUGGACACGUCCAGACUGACCUCCUUCAUUGAGCGGCGUAAACACCAGAACGAUGUUCGACCGAUUCGUAGCAUUAAAAACUUCCUACAGAGCAGGCUUCUGCCCAGGGUUUGACCUGUCUUGAAGUUCUUUCUCAUUCUCUUUCACCUGCCAAUCAGCUGUUCAUUUGAAUUUUGAAGAGAGACACAAACCAACAUAACUGCUCAGCUGCCGUAUGUUCAUCGUGUGGAACUCGCACUCCGAGCGAGCGAGCGAGCCAUGCUCGGCGGCGCUCGGGGCUCGGGCUGCCAGCCGUGCUGGGGUGGAGGACCUUCUCUUGCACUCUGAGAGCGGAGACAGCAUUGCUGUGUCACAGUCUUUCAUUCAGGUUUCUGCAAAAAAGAAAAAGAAACUUUUUUUAAACGAACUCAAAUAGAAUUUUGCAAAUUUAUCAUUUUCCAAGACUUAUUCAAGGAAACAAAAUGCCUAUGUUCAACCACUGGUGUUAACGAACAAAACAGAGACUGGGCACCUCUGGGGAAGACUCCCCGCCCCGUGGCGGCCAGCCCUGCAGCCCGGGCUGGAGCUCAGCCUCCGCCCAGCUCUGAGCUUUUCUAGCUGCCCGGUCUGUGCACGUCUCUCUGGGAUGCCCGACUAGGCUUCUGACACGUGCAUUCAACCUCAAACCUUUGCGUAAAAAAUAGAAUGAAUUGUUUUGCUCUGAUGAAAUGUAGGCCUUACUUGUACAUAAGACUGGUCCUGCCUUCGGUCUGCCCUUCUCCCACCCGCCUUUUCUCCCACGCCCGGCCCUCUGCCUGGGGCCCCCGUUGGGGGUCAGCGGGUUCUACCCAUCACCAAGGACAUCAGGCCGGGCCCUGCCCCGCCGCCCCCACCCCCAAGCCGUCAAUCAGAUUGUUGAGCAGUACACAGUCAGAUGAAAAUACUGUAAAUGCACUCAUUGGGGGGUUUUUUGGUUUUAUUUCAUAUCAUGUGCAAUGUUGUGGCUUUAACAUUUUAUGCAACUAUUUAUGAAGACCUCUGUUGUACCUGUAAUAAAUAUAUAGAAAAAGCACAUACUUCGUAUGGUGAGCUUUAUGGUUUUGUGUGUGUGUCGGGUUGGGGUGAGGGGUGGGGGGGUCAUAGCCCGGUGCCAUCCAUUCAAGGAGACUUAACUCUUCGUGAAAGUGGUCAGUUUUGAGGACUGUAAAAAGAGAUUUCAUACUCUGAAUAUAAAACUGGACAAUAGGGUGAUGUUUUAAAUUUUAUUAUGCUAUUAUUCAGAAUGCCAAAGUAUUAUUUUUUUUUUCCCAAAACCAGUCUGGACAUUUACUACUUUUUAGACUUUUUUGACAUUCAACUUUCUGUAUAAAAAUUGGCUAGCCUUCGAGCUAUUGGUGAGAAAUCAAAGCCAAUUUCAGCACUCCCAGCCUCGAGGCUGGCGCCCCCUGGCUGACUCACUGUGGCAGAGUCACGCUGGUGAGGGGUGGCCUUCCACAAAAGACGCUGGGUUUCUGGGCACGCUUGAAUAUUUCCGGGUGUCUUUUUAUCUUUGUUGUGUGAAAUACACUCACACAGAGGCCAGCUGCUUCCCAAGCCAGCCAGACACCUGGGUCUUGAGCCAUAAAUUGGCGUAGUUAACACUUGCAGCUUCCAAUGUAUUUUAUUUAUUCUUUGGUUGGGUUUUGUUUGUUUCUUGUAAAAUUGUACAGAAACUUUUUAAAAGAAAUUGGAUUCAAAACUGGAUGUGUAUGCGUAACCUCACAACUUUUAUUUGUGUAUUGUUUCUUUUAUCAUUUCAGUUAAAUUUUUACAUUAUUUUGCAUGUAUAUUUCUUUGUACAGAGACCUUACAUGUUUACACAGUAUGAUGUGAUGUAAAUAUUUUAUUUUGCCAUCAGUUAU